AUGAACAAAGACAAGUCCAUUGAAAUCCAAAAACAAGUGCGCGACAAUUCGUCUGAUUUGAGGACUGAAUUUUUAGAUUUAAAAUAUUGGGAAGAAAAAAUGAAAAAAGCUGAAGCUGAAUUAACAAACACCGCUGAUGAUUCUCACCAGAUUUUGCCACCGGUAAGAAGAAAGAAAAGUUCUAAAAUAAAAUCUAAGACUAAAGAAAUUGGAACGAAAGCUAAAAGAAUAAAAUCUUAUGAUUAUUCUGCUUGGGAUAAUUUUGACGUGGACAAAGCUUGUGAAGAAAUAGAAAAAGAAAAUGAAUCUGAAGAUUCUGGAGAUGAAAGUCUUAGCAAAGAAGAAUUAGAAAAAAAAUACGAGGAAGCUGUUGUUCAAAAAGGACUUGGGAAUAAACGUGCGACAGCCAGGAUGGCUUUAAAACAGUAUAAAGAAGCUAUAAGUGACUUGGAAAAAUUGUUAACGCUGGAAAAAGAUAACAAGGAAGCUAAAAAAAUGCUUGAGACUGCACGAAAGUAUCUUAGUAAGUCAGAUGUUUCUUUGACGGCUGAAGUCUCUUCGUUAGAUAAAAAAAAUCAAGCUGAGAAAGAAGAAAGAAACAAUAAAAUUAUUGAUGAAAAAUUUAAAGAUGAAAAAGAAGUCAAAAAUAAAGUUGAAGAAAAAAAAGAAAAUAAAAUUAAAGAAAAAAUAGAAAAUAAAAUUGAAGAAAAAAAAGUGCCUGAAUCUAAGUCAGUAAUUAAAUUCCGUGAAUGGUUACCAAUAAUUGACAAAGAUGUAGAUAUAAUUAAACCUAUCAACAAACUACCUCAUCAAAGAAUAAAAAAACCACUUAAAUCUAUCCCGAUAAAUAUUACCGAUUUAACUAAAUGGUCUGAU